CUGGUGCUGGUGGUGGCCGUCGUCAGCCUGCUGGAGGCCAAGCAGGCGCCCAAAGUGCAGGUCUACUCCCGCCACCCAGUCACAUUUGGUGACACAAACGUCCUCAACUGCUACGCGGAGGGUUUCCACCCUCCCAAGAUCAACAUCACCCUGCUGCAGGAUGGCAAGCCCAUGGCGAACGUGCAGUACUCUGACAUGUCCUUCAGCGACAACUGGACUUUCCGUCGCCUGGCCUACGCCACCUUCGUCCCCACCAAAAGUGGCGUGUACACCUGCAGGGUGGAGCAUGUCGCCCUCACGGAGCCGCAGACUUUCAAAUGGGAUCCAGACUUCUAG